CCAACCCCACUUUUAGUUGUGUUUUGUCUUUCGCCUCCGCCUUCCCACAAUUUCGGUGUGUCUCUCGCGAAGUAGUUGGAAAAUUGACUUUUGCAAAGUUUUUCGCUGGGACCAAGAAGCUAAAUUUUCCAAAAACCAAAAGGAAAUUGUGCGGAUCGUCCGUGUGUGUGUGUGAGAGAGAGUGUGUGCCAUCCAUCCUGCUGUCGCGUGUGUGUAUGCGAGUGUGGGCCGCAAAUUAAAAGCAAUACCACACUGAAAAACCGACACAAUCACACACGGAAAAGAACAGUUUAAUUCAAUUACAAGUGAAAUUAGAGUGGUGCCCGAUAAUUGUCAACUGGCCAGGUGGACGGGAAAGCCAACGGAGGUGUUACGUGAAAAUCCCGGAGAUCGUCGAGGGCCAGAAAAUCGCUUUUGUUGGCUGGCUGAAGGGAAAGAAAUUGAUUUUCCAUUUUCCACAAUUGCAAUUGGAAGCAAAGCAAAGCAGGAAAAGAAGAGGAGUGGAGAGGAGGAAGAGAGCAAGUGUGUGUGUGUGUGCGUGAGCGAGGGGGUGUAAGAGAGAGAGAGCGGGCGAAGGAGAGAGCAGCACUUCCAGGCGUCGCAUCCUCCUCCUUUCUCGCAUGCGAUGAAUAUUGUCGGGGAAUAUGAAUAUAGCUCCAAGGAUAUGCUGGGCCACGGCGCCUUUGCCGUCGUCUACAAAGGACGUCACCGCAAGAAACACAUGCCGGUGGCCAUCAAGUGCAUCACGAAGAAGGGACAACUGAAGACCCAGAAUCUGCUCGGCAAGGAGAUCAAGAUCCUGAAGGAGCUCACCGAGCUGCACCGAAAUGUGGUGGCUCUGCUGGACUGCAAGGAGUCCCAGGAUUGCGUUAGCCUGGUCAUGGAGUACUGCAAUGGAGGCGACUUGGCGGAUUAUCUGAGUGUUAAGGGAACGCUGAGCGAGGAUACCGUAAGACUCUUCCUCGUGCAACUAGCUGGUGCUAUGAAGGCACUUUAUACCAAAGGAAUUGUGCAUCGUGAUCUCAAGCCACAAAACAUUUUGCUAUCGCACAAUUAUGGCAAGACAUUGCCAGCUCCAUCGAAAAUAACCCUGAAAAUAGCCGAUUUUGGGUUUGCGCGUUUUCUGAACGAGGGCGCCAUGGCAGCCACUUUGUGUGGCUCACCCAUGUAUAUGGCUCCUGAGGUGAUCAUGUCGCUGCAGUACGACUCGAAGGCGGAUCUCUGGUCGCUGGGAACGAUUGUCUACCAGUGUUUGACUGGCAAGGCGCCAUUCUAUGCACAAACGCCCAACGAACUGAAGUUCUACUACGAGCAGAAUGCUAACCUGGCACCAAAAAUUCCAAGUGGCGUGUCGCCAGACUUGAGGGAUCUGCUGCUGUGCCUGUUGCGCCGCAACGCCAAGGACCGCAUCUCGUACGAGAGCUUCUUUGUGCACCCGUUCCUUCUGGGCAAGAAGGCGGCCGCGUCGCCAGUUGACAUGCCACCGCUGGGCGGAACCCCGCCUGCCAAGGCCAAGAGCCCCCUGCAGCAGCAGCUGGAGCAGGAACUGCAGCUGGUCAAGCUGGCCGAGCAGCAGCAGAAGGAGCGCGAGGAGCAGGAGGCCCAGGAGGAGGAGAACACGGUGUCCGUAGUGGCAAAUCCGGCCAUUUGUGCCACCAUCACCAACGUGGGUGUGUUGUGCGACAGCGAGAACAACACCGGAUCGUGCAGCUCCCACGAGGACUCCGAUGACUUUGUGCUGGUGCCCAAGAACCUUCCGGAGGAUCAGCGCCAGGGUCUGGCCCAGGCCCAGGCCCAAGUUCAGCCCGCUUCCGGUGGCCAGCGUCCACAGCCGCAACAAAAUCAAUCCAGUCCGCCACGCCCCAGCAGUCUGCCCAUCUCUGAGCCCAAGCCAGUGCCAGCUCCGGCCCGUCGCCAGGUGGGCUCCGGACCAUUGACGGUGGCUACUCUGGGCGGCCAGCAAAUACCCCGAUCCCAGCCCAUUAGCGUGAAGCAGCCGCGACCGGAUCAGCGCAAGAGCAGUGUCAGCAGUGACAUCAACUCGAUCUCGCCGCCGGCAGUGCAGUUUGCCAUUGGAACGCCGCCCACGCGGAUGCGCUCCGCCUCGGGAGGAUCGCUGUCGGAGACACCGCCGCCGCAUGCUCCGAGCACCUGGCAGGUGUCGCCGGGACAUUCGCAGUCGCCUUUGCGCCGGAGUGGCAACAGCUCCCCAGUUCUGCCGUCCGCAGCGCUCACGAAACUGCCCACAUUGGGCAGUCCUACGAUGCUUGUGGCUCCGGGAUCACUGGGAUCGAUUGGCUCGGCAGGCAGUGGAUCGGAGAACAAUAACCAGCACCAUAUGCUGGGACCGCGAGCUUUCACGCUACCCGAACUGGGGGCCACUGGCGGGCUGCAUAGUCUGCUGGACACAGGAGCCGGCGGUGGUGGCGAACCACAUGCAUUCCAGGCCCCCGAGCUGUCGGAGGAAACGCUGAUGGAUCGCGAGCACAACGAGACCCUGUCCAAGCUGAACUUUGUGCUGGCUCUCACCGAUUGCAUUCAGGAGGUGGCCGACUCGCGGUGUGCACCGCUCUCCACGCUCAUGGUGGCCGGCAGUCAGUCGGCGGCAGCAGCGGCGGCGGCGGAUGCUCAGCAGAUACCGCCUCACGCCCCAGAACAUUGCAAACGGGCGGAGCGCCUGGUGUUGCUCGUCCGAGGGCUGCAGCUCCUCUCGUCCGGCAUGAACCUGGCCUCGCAGCAGCUACGCAACGGCCAGCUGAAGCCGUCGUCCAAUGUGAAGAAUGCUUUGCUCACCAUGAACGCCAAGUACAGGAGCAUGCUGUUUGAGUCGAAGCGCCUUAAUGGCAGCGGUCUGUUGCAGAAGGCGAAUGCAUUUAACAUAACAGCGGACAAGAUUCUCUACGAUUACGCUCUUGAUAUGUGCCAGGCGGCUGCUUUGGAUGAGCUUCUGAAGAACACCAAGAAUUGCUUCGAGCGUUACAACACCGCACACAUUCUGCUGCAUUCUUUGGUGCAAAAGUGCAAUCAUCCGCAGGACAAAAUGCUGCUGAACAAAUAUCGCGAUGCCGUUGAGAAGCGUUUGAGCAUAUUGCAGCAGCAUGGCUACAUCUACGUGACCGAUGAGAAUGCUUAACUAUCUGGGCAGAAAGAGCUUUAUUCCAACCAUUUAGCACCGGCAAUCUUCACAACAUCAACAACAUUUCCUUAAGUUAUUCACCGUUUUCGUUGGGAGUGCAAACAUGUGAUUGAAACAAAAACUACACUAUCCAUACAUAGACAUACCGACAAAUAAUUUAAAGACCACCCACACAUUAUUUCUGGAGUUCUCAGUCCCCCAAAACUGUCCAAUGUAAAUAGUUUGAGCUAUGCUGAUAUAUGUAGUUUUUGUUUUUUAUAUUAUUUUCGGCCCGCGCGGCAACCAUAAUUGUUAAAGCUUAUAUCGAGUGCAGAUGCAACAUGAAUAAGGGCAGAUAAGAGUCCAUAUAGUCGUAAGAUAACCAUAAUAUUAUAAAUAUAUAUAUGUUUACAUAUAUAUGUACAACACGAAAGCUAACCAAGCAAACCACAUUACAUAACGUAAAGGGCAAUAUGCAAGCCAAACUCAGUUUAAUUCUAUGUUUAAGGGAAGCAGCGGCAGAACCCAGAUCCAUUUAUCAUGUGCUAGAAUUUUCCCCGUAGUUGUAAAGCCUAUUUUCUUAUUUAACAGUCUAAUAUUCCCCUAUUAUUAUAUUAUAAACAUACCAUACAAUAUUUAUGGCUGCACUACACAAACAUGUUUACAAUGUGCUAUGUUCAUAGUUUUUAGUUAGGUCUUUUCUAAAACAACUUUAAAGAGGUAUUUAAUUUUAUGACAAGAACUUUAUAUUUUAAAGAAACUUAUUAAGUUUUUCUACAACCGAAGCCCACAAAACUUUCGAAAAAAUCUAUAUAUGUAUAUGGUAUACAAAAGAAGGAAACACAUAAAAGAGUGUAUAAAAAGAAAUACCAACUUUAACUAAUAAAAAGUAAUAAGGAAAAUCGUAAA